UACAUUUCUUAAAAGCGGCCCUUAAAAUUGGCUGCUACUCCAAAGCCGCCGUAGCAGCCGAUGCUGGGAAAUGUUCUGAGAUCGGCAGGUAGGACAAACAACAAAUCAUAAUGAAUCACAGUGUGGUUAUUCCUGUCAUUCACAGCAGGUUGCAGUUCAAUCAGAGCUCUACAUUUAACCCAGUGUCACCCAGUGAUGGUUUACUUAUUUACUGAAGGGAAUUUACUAUUCCUAAUAAAAUUAUGGAAUAAAACUGUAUGUAAAUUAUUAUUGACCAUAAAAAUAUCUGUAAAUCGAUAAAUUUAUAUAAAUUUAUACAUCAAUACAAUGCUUGGCAUCUCCAUAUUAAACACAGCACAUGAAGCUGAGCAACAAGGAGACGUUUACAAAGAAUAACAGUCAUGUCAUGUUGUAGUGGUAUGUGUGUGUGUGUGUGUGUGUGUGUGUGUGUGUGUGUGUCAGGGACAUGCUAAAGCGUGGAGGCUCUGCAGUUGAUGCCGCCAUUGCAGCACUGCUGUGUGUUGGACUGUUUAACCCCCAGAGCAUGGGCAUCGGAGGAGGACAUUUCUUCCUCAUCUAUAACAGCUCUACAGGGAAGGUGGAGACUAUCAAUGCGAGGGAAACAGCUCCUAGGCGUGUCACAUGGGACAUGUUUACCAAAAAAGAAGAAUCAGAAACAGGAGGCAAGUCCAUCGCGGUCCCUGGUGAGCUUCGUGGUUAUGAGCUGGCACACCGCCGUCAUGGGCGUCUGUCGUGGAGGGAGCUGUUUGAGCCGAGCAUCCAGCUGGCACGUGACGGCAUCCGCAUCAGCAGAGCUCUCAGCGAUGCCUUAAACAAAUCAUCAGAGCAGGGGCACAUUCUGCCUGAUUCAGCUCUGUGUGAAGUAUUCUGUAACUCCAAUAAAACCAUCCUGAGGGAAAAUGAUAUUAUCAAAUACCCACGGCUAGCAGACACCUAUGAGAAGAUCGCUAACGAAGGAGCUGAUGUCUUUUAUAACGGCUCCAUGGCUCAAACCAUCGUGGAUGACAUCCAGGCUGCAGAUGGCAAUAUAACGCUUGAAGACCUGUCAGGGUAUAGACCAGAGCUGAAUGAAGACACCAUGAAGAUAAAUGUGGGAGAAUACACUAUGCACUUUCCAGAUGCUCCAUCUAGCGGUCCUGUGCUAGCGCUAAUCCUUAACAUUGUGAAUGGUUAUAAUUUCUCAAGCAGCAGUGUGUCUACUACAGAGAAGGAGACAAUCACUUAUCACCGCAUUAUUGAGGCUUUCCGCUUCGCCUUCGCUAAGAGGACUAAGCUGGGAGAUCCUCGCUUCCUCAACAUCACUGACUUCAUCCACAACAUGACCUCAGAGUACUUUGCCAAUAUUAUACGCAGUAAGAUCUCAGAUGAGACCACACAUCCAGAGUGGUACUAUGAACCAGAGUACUCUAACACAAAAAGUUAUGGGACAAGUCACCUGUCCAUCCUUGCUGAGGAUGGGAGCGCCGUGGCAGUGACUAGCACCAUCAAUCUGGCGUUUGGUUCUAAAGUGAUGUCACCGUCCACUGGAAUCAUCUUUAACAAUAUUAUGGAUGACUUCAGUUCUCCAAACUUUUCAAAUGCUUACAAUGUUUCUCCUUCUCCUAAUAAUUUCAUCGAAGCAGGUAAAAGGCCGCUCUCAGCCAUGUGCCCUACCAUAAUCUUCGACAAACACAACAAAGUUAAAAUGGUUGUUGGAGCUGAAGGUGGGCCGAAGAUUAUUACAGCAACGGCUCUGGUCAUCCUGAACUCUCUGUUCUUUAACUAUGAUGUAAAGGAAAGUGUAAAUAAACACAGAGUCCACAACCAGCUCAACCCCAACACCACCGAGGUGGAGGAUGGCUUUAACCAGAUCGUACAAGAAGGACUAGAGAAGAAGAAUCACAGUACAGAGAUUUACAAAAAGACAAAACCCUUUUCGGUGGUUCAGGCCGUGGUGAGGCAAGAUGGACAGAUCUGUGCUGAAUCAGAUCAGAGAAAAAGAGGACAAGCUGCCGGUUACUGAAACUUUAACAACAUUUUAUCUCUAUAUCUUUAAUCAAACAAAAAGAAAUGUACGAAAUCAAUUUAAAUAUAACCGUGCCUUCAAAAGAAGCUUUUUUUAGAUGCAGAGAUCAGUGGUGUUGUUUCUUCUAUUUGUUGUUUUAUUUCAUGUGCAGCAGGGUCAUCUGAGCCACUGUUACUCUUUUAACUGAAUAAAAAAAUUUUGUGUUUUAAAAAUAACUGUAAAAGAGAGAUAAAACCAUUUUUUUGUUUGGUUGUUUGUUUACAUUAAAAGCAAAUACAAAAAAAAACUUAUUGUUUAAUUUACAGACUAAUUUAAAUUAUGUAACAUGUGAUUUGAAAUAAAACAAUUCUUGG